AUGAGUGAAAUCGAGAAACAGGGCAUACGGCUGUCCGAUAGCCAACGACAAUCGCUAGAUGCUUGUCCGAUCGCGAACGCUCGGCUGAUUCUUUCAAAUAUCAAGUCAUCCAAGAGCUCGUCGCCAAUGCAAAUCGUCAACAAUAUAAAGAAACGUGUGAUGCAACGGACCGAUUCCCGUGGAAUCUUUGGACGGGAGCUGGAUGGUCCCACUCCACCUCAACCGGUGAUGAGUAUCGUUGAUCACCUAAGAAUGCACGGCUAUGACAUGGAAGGAGUGUUCAGGAAAUCUCCAAAGCAAAGCACUCUGAGGGAAUGUCGAUCGGAAAUUGAACGUGGACUCGUUCCCGAUUACAAGAAAUACGGAACGCAUGUUCUUGCAUCAGUUUUGAAGGAUUAUUUGCGGAGUAUCCCGGGAAAAAUACUUCUCAGUGGCAAUUAUGACUUGUGGAUCAAAGAAGUUGUGGACGAAACGGAUCACGAGAAGAAGAUUUCCGCCUGUAAAACCCUUCUGGGGAUUCUCCCGAAGGCACAUGCCGUGUUGCUGACCAAUGUUCUGAAGCUGCUCAGCAAAAUUUCUAAUUCUCCAAGCUCCAAGAUGACCGCUUCAGCGCUGUCAGUCUGUCUGGCACCUAGUUUCCU